CUCAUAUUUAGUUUAAAGCUGAUAACAGUAAACAAAUAAAAUUUUCUAUUGUAAUUGAAUGUCUGGUUGGAAAGAUUUGACUUUUGGAAAAUGUUUUAAUUGUGCUUAAAUACAAUAAAGUGCUGCGCUAACUACAUAAAAGCAUUAUUUUCCAACUUUCGUGACUAUUUCUAUAUUAACUAGCAUGUAAUCCUCGAAGCCCACACAGCCUGCAUUUAUUUGUUAAACACUUCAAGGACAAGCUUAUGCUUGCAGGUGAUAAUAUACUAUAUACAAUAACAAUAUGUCACCAACUUCGGAGUCCGCAGCGGCGGCUAACAAUAGUAUCCGUGGUAGGGAGCGUGAAAAUGCACACAUCAUCCAGCAGAGCAACAAGUGUUAUGAACACCGUGAAUUACAGGCAACUGCUAUGUCUGUAGACUAUACAGGACAAUGGGUUUUGCUGGCUGGGCGACGUCACUUGGCAUUGCAACGCCUCGGCCAGGAUGAUGGUACACUACGUGAAUUCCAAAGAAAUUCGAAAUAUGAAGUAUCCGCUGCGGAAUUUGCCACACUACCAAAUCGUCAGGAGUAUUGUGCAAUUGCAACCAGUGAACACAUUGACGUUGUUACAUGGGGUGCUGCAGACAUGCAGCACUAUCACUCAUUGCGUGGUCACACACGCAUGGUUACUGAUAUAGAUUGGCACAGCAAAAAUAGCAACCUAUUGGUGAGCUGUUCAAUUGAUACAUUUUCACACAUUUGGGAUUUGCGCGAUCCCCGCAAGCCCACACUGUCCUUGAGUGCAGUAUGCAUGUCUGGCGCCACACAAGUUGGUUUCAAUCGUGUUUCGGGUCAUCUGUUGGCGGCAGCACAUGACGGCGAUCUGCGUAUAUGGGAUAUGCGUAAAGGUUCGUGCCCGGUGCAUUAUAUCACGGCACAUUUGAAUAGAGUGCAUGGCAUCAAUUGGAGUCAUUUGCGUGAAACUUGCUUAGCUACUGCUAGUCAAGAUGGCACAGUGAAAUACUUCGAUGUGAAUAAUCCAAGACGUGCAGAGAAAAUUAUAACUAUGUCGUCGCCAGUGUGGCGUGCGCGUUAUACCCCUAUUGGCAACGGUUUGGUUAGCAUUGUUGUGCCUGCCAUGGGACGCGGUGAGAAUAGCUUAUUGCUUUGGAGUAAUAACAAACAAACAGAUCCUGUGUGCUCCUUUGUUGGGCAUACUGAUGUGAUACUAGAUUUUGAAUGGCGUCCAAAUCGUGAAAAUACAUCGGAAAUUGAACUAGUCACAUGGUCACGUGAUCGUAGCUUACGUGUGUGGAAGAUUGAUGAUAUGAUGUUGAAACUGUGCGAGCCCGAUUUCGAUAGCAAUGAAGUGUGCGACACUCCAGACUCCUUCGCAGAGACACCUAUUAAAUUUCAACCGAUACACUCAUCAUCUCUGUAUCAGCCCACUUUGAGUUUGACGCGUGCUGGUGCCGCUUCGUUGCCCACAGAAAGUUCUGACAGUCUAACAAUACCAACCUUAUCGCGUUCGCCACCACCGCCCAUGCGCAAGGAGGAGACACACAUAGCACGUUCACUAACAGAUCAGCCAACAUGCUCGCUGCAUCAUGAGUUCUCGCUACUGAAUAGAAAUAUGCCGCAUGUCGAGGUUGACAAGUUAGAUGCGAUUAAGCGUUUUGCAGUCUUCAAGAUUUCAGCUGGUGGACAUGUAGUGGUGUUGCAGACUGUUUUUCCAACUGAAUAUCCAAGUCCGAAUAUUGGACCCGAAUUCUCCUUUUGCGACGGCACCACACUACACGAGCAGUUGUCUGCGGUGCUGCUGAAGACACUGAAAACGAACGCUUUGCAACGCGUUAAGAAAUCACGCACUUGUGUUGAGCAAUGCUUGCGCGCAUUGGUGGGCGCCAUGAAAAAGUCUGUUGGCGGUGUAACGGAUAAGUCUCAACUGCGUUUGCAGUCGCCACGCUUAGAGGGUGCUUUGAGUGGUGCUCUACAUGACGCCUGCAUACCGUACCCACGCACUUCGGGUGUCAAUUUCAACACCACAGGCCUUUUGGUGGCAUUCGCACAAGCGCCGACUUCCAAACGCCUAACAUUGCGUCAUCAGAAUACAACUCCGCGCACAUUUUCCGCCAUCAGCGGCGGCGUGCUCUUGGGUAAUGUUUUGUAUACGCAUCGCGAUUCAAAUGCCUCCUUUUAUCUGCAAGAUCGCAUGAGUGCGAAACAUACGAAAAAUCGUUCGAUGCAAAAGCAAACCAAUGCCACGCCCAUCGUGCACAUAUAUGAGGCCUGCAAGCUGUUGAAUAUCAGCUGUGAAAUGGCUAAAGAAUUCUCGCUGGACAAGCGUAAUUUACGCGCUACGUGUCGUCGCAAUCGGCAAGUGUGCGAAACAUAUGGACGUUACGAUUUGGUGCCGAUAUGGACGCUCGCCGAGCUGAUCGCCAAACCGAAUAUACCGAAUGAAACCAAAUACGAGACACUCUUCUAUAAGGACCCGUUCAAGAAAUUUCUACUCGAGGCAUUAAUUAUGCAUUUCGCGUGCGCUGGUGAUUUACAGACGGCCGUUAUGUUGGCAUGUCUCUUUCACAAAUGCCCCUCCACAACCGGUGAAUUGGGCGAAUUUAUGAUCACUGCCACGCAAGGCUACCAGCACAACAACAAACUACAGCAAUUGAAUAACACAUCGCCCUACCACACCGUGUUGCCCAUCGAUUACCAAGCAUCACAUCCGAAAUCGAACUCCUCACUGACGGUUAAUGUGCAUUUGAAGCAGUUGCGCAGCAAUUCGUGGUCGGACUCUCUGGAUUGGGUGGACUCGAAAUAUUGCAACUCAGACUCAUAUUCAUGUUCGUUGAUAAGACGCACGAAAAUGCCGUUAUUCGACCACUUCAAGAAGGUGUACGCGGACAUACUGUUCGGCUGGCAAUUGCUGACCAAACGCUCGCUGAUACUAAAGCAUACAAUGUUCUCGCAAAGCCAACCGCAUGGUGUUGAAUUCGUCACCGAGUGUACCGGUUGCAAUAAAAUGAAGCGCACACACUCGUGUACCAGCUGCAAACGUCCAGUGCUCUUCUGUCAGCUCUGCAAUUUGCCGGUGAAGGGUGCCGCAAAUGCGUGUCUGGCUUGUGGUCAUGGCGGCCAUAUGGUGCACAUGAUGCAGUGGUUCAAGAAACAUAGCAUUUGCGCCUCUGGCUGUGGUUGUAACUGUUUGAAGCAGACUGCCGCUUUGCUGGAGCUUAUGAAUUGAUGGAUUUCAUGCAGACUUUUUUUUAUUUUAUUUGACAUUUUAGUUUAGUGACCAAAAAUGCCUUAAGUAGAGAAAUGGCAAACUGAAACUUGACUUCGGUAAGAGCAUAUUUUAUAUUAUUCAAUGAUUCUAUAUAUUUACUAUAUAUGUAAUUGUUAUAUGGACAAAAUAUUCCUAGUUAUAUAUCUUAUAUUUUCCGAUUUAAGCGAUUUUCAUAAAUGUACAUCUAUUUUUUCUCUGUCAAAAUG